CUACUUUCUUUCUGCUCUGAUUUGAGAUUUUCUAUGUGGGGUUUCUUUAUUUUAAUGAAUGGAGAGUGCAUUGGGGCGUAACCCCACCUUCGAACCCAAAGCCCAUCUGCUCAUUCAUAAUAGCCAUCUCUUUUGGAUUUCUCAUUUCUUAGUUUUUAGUUUCUUGAAUAUUUUUAUUUAAUGGGGUUGUUUGAAAAAUCUGCAACUUUUGAUAUCUGAUUUGUGUCAGAUAAUGGGGAAAUAGAUAGGGAGAAGAAGAAGAAGAAGGUGAACCUUUUAGCUUUGUCAACUUAGAGGAGACAAUUGUUUAAUACCCAUUAGAUAUCUUUGGGAAUGUCAGGGAAAGGUCCAUAGCUUUGUGCUAGGCCUGAAACUUUCCCAGUGAGAGGAAUUUAUUGCAAUGGCUUAAAAUGGGAGGCUCUUCUCAUCACCUUUUUUUCUAGCUUCUGUAGAAAAAAGGGUCUGGCUUCUGGGUAGUUAUUUGGGUUCAGGCCCUUGGUUCUCUAAGAGGAAUUCAUGGCUAUGACAGCUUUGCUGUACCAUUUGCUUUUUUGGGUCUUUGAAUCUCUACCUUCUUACUGGAAGUUAUUUCAUCUUUUCAGGUAGCUGUGGUGUUUUUUGUUGUCUCAAGUUUUCAACUUCCAAUUUGCAUGUUGGUGAUUUUGAAGGGGGAAUUUUGGAAAAGAUCUUCUUGCUGACUGGAGGAGAAGAAUCAAGGGAGAGGGCUUUCUGUUUUUCCGAGACAAAGCUAUUCGUAAAGGGCAUUCUCCAAGACAAAACACCGAUAUCACCACAUUUUGUAGCUCUGAUUGCCCAAUAAAUUCUUCAUCAAGUUAAAUCGUCUUUGAAUUCACUGGAAGCCUGAGUCACACACUCCAACAUUUGAAUCUUCACAGCAAUCAUUCUCAAUAGUUUCUUUCCUCAGAGGAGCUGUUUUUCUAGAGGAAUUCAACUCAACGGCUUGAGAACAGAAUCCAGUUCAUUGGUUGAUGAUAGAAGAGGAAAGAACAGAGGCAGGCUGGGGUAGUAGGAAGGAGUAGACCAUGGCAUCGACUUCUUUUGCUGGCGGGAAGCAACUGCCAGUGAUUGAAGUGGCUUCUAACUGUGUUCCAUACCCACCACCGCAAACAACGUACGAAGAUAUCAUAGCCAAUUCGAAGAUCUUUAUGACAGCCUUGGAAAAGCUCCACUCCCUCAUGGGAACUAAGUUCAUGAUCCCCAUUAUUGGUGGGAAAGAACUAGACCUGCAUCGGCUUUUUGUGGAGGUUACUUCUCGUGGUGGGAUUGAGAAGGUUAUAAGAGAGAGAAGAUGGAAAGAAGUAACUUCAGUUUUUAAUUUUCCUUCGACGGCCACCAACGCUUCUUUUGUGUUGAGGAAGUACUAUAUUUCAUUGCUUCAUCAUUUUGAACAGAUUUACUUCUUUAAAGCCGUAGGAUGGACACCAGUAACUUCUGAUUCCUCUCCAUGCCCAAGUGCAUCGGCAAUUCCUACGCAAGGGGUGACUUCUAUGUUGCCACCAUCAGAUAAUCAGGCAGCAUCCCACCAGCCACGGAGCAUAGCGACUGAACUUCCAGCAGUUUCUCUGAGUUCGACAUCACCAGCGGGAGGGUUUCCAGUGAUUGGAGUAAUUGACGGAAAAUUUGAUAGCGGAUAUCUUGUUACUGUUACUGUAGGAACGGAGAAGCUAAAAGGCGUGCUUUAUCAGGCUCCUGAGCAACCUUCACAGCCACAAGUGUUGCAGCCUGUUGGUGCUUUUGCCAAAGAUGGUUCCACCCCCACCACACCAAAUGCUCAUCGCCGUCGUCGUAGGAAGAAAUCUGAGAUAAAGCGAAGGGAUCCUGCUCAUCCAAAGCCAAACAGAAGUGGUUACAACUUCUUUUUUGCUGAGCAGCAUGCCAGACUCAAACCAUUAUACCCAGGGAAGGACAGGGAGAUAAGCAGAAUGAUUGGCGAUCUUUGGAAUAAACUAAAAGAAUCUGAAAGAACAGUUUAUCAGGAGAAAGCUAUGAAAGAUAAAGAAAGAUAUAGAAUCGAGAUGGUGGAUUACAGAGAGAAGCUGAGGACAGGCCAAAUCAUCAGUGAUGCAGUGCCCUUACAGCAGCGUCUUCCCGAGCCAGACCUGAAUAUGGUCUAUGGUGACAAAAAUGAAGAAACCGAGGGCGGCGAGUCUCAAACACCAGAUCAUGAUACAAGCUAUGUGGAAGGCGACUCUGGAGAGUACAAAACAGAAGAGAAGGACGAGGACGAGGAGGACGACGAAGAGGAUGAGGAGGAGGAUGACUCAGAAGAAGAUGCAUCUCCACAAGGAAUUGGUAAUGUGGACGUCAACAUUUUGGUUGAGGAAGAACAGUGUGAGACGAGAACAGGAGUAGAGAAUGUUAGAAAAGAGAGUAGCACAGUUGGUGAUAAGAAAGAAGUUUUAGCUGGGGAUUCGGUAAUGGUGGAGGUGGAGGCAAAGGAAGAACCAGAACCAACAACAGCGGCCAUUAGAGAAGAUUAAGAAGAGAUUAUACUGCUCUCAGUUUUUGCAGUUUCAUAUAUAUUAUUUUUUUUUUUUGUCUCUAGCUUCCUUCCAUUGCUUCUUCUUCUAACCUUCCAUUACUUUAGGUAAUACUUGUAAAGUUUUUUCUGACAGCUGUUGAGAUUCUUAUCAGGGAAAAGUUUUGGAUCUUUCCAUCAAAUACUGUUUUGGGAAGAAAUUUUGUUGCCCUUUGUUGAACAUUUCAACUUGAUUCAUUCCCUGUUUUUUGCUUACAAGUUAAGAUGGCUUUCUUCAGUUUGCCCUUUUAA